AUGAGCUAUUCCCUUGUCACUCUUUUCUCCGUUCUCACGUGCAUCGUUUACGGUCAAUUGCCUGGAAUUUGGAAUCACAAUCAUUAUGGCUUUCGCCAUAACGUUGCGUAUUCACCUAAUGCACCGAGAAAUUCAGCUGGAUUAGCCAUUGACGCACCACACGGCACCGUUGAACAGCCUGAACCACGCAAUCUUUAUGUUCUUGUUAGAAUAGCACGCCUCGAACAAAAUUACAGAAAUUUAGCAGCAGAAUUACGAACAAAGUUAUCAGAUGCCGAUAAGAAAAUUACGGAUUUAACCAACAACUUGGCAAGUACGACGAAAGAUUUGGAGCAAACUACAGCCGAUUUGGAGAAAACAACAGCCGAUUUGGAGAAAACAACAGCCGAUUUGGAGCAAACUACAUCAAAUUUGGCCAACACCAACGCGAACGUUGCCCAGUUAGAAUCGAAAUUGAAAGAAACUUCAGCAUUGGCAUCAGACACGUCAAGUGAACUAGGUACUUUUAAACAGGAGCAGGCCGCUACUAAUUUACAAAAUGAUAACAAAAUUACGGAUUUAACCAACAACUUGGCAAAAACUUCAGCAUUGGCAUCAGACACGUCAAGUGAACUAGGUACUUUUAAACAGCAGCAGGUCGCUACUAAUUCACAAGAUGAUAAGAAAAUUACGGAUUUGACCGCCAACUUGGCAAGUACGGCGAAAGAAUACAUCAAAUUUGGCCAACACCAACGCGAACGUUGCCCAGUUAGAAUCGAGCAAACUACAUCAAUAUUGAAUCCAUUUCCGUAUUGCAGAAACAACACCAACGCGAACGUUGCCCAGAAUCAGAAACUUCAGCAUUGGCAUCAGACACGUCAUGAUGAAUGCAAAACUUCAGCAUUGGCAUCAGACACGUCAAGUGAACUAGGUACUUUUAAACAGGAGCAGGCCGCUACUAAUUUACAAAAUGUUAACAAAAUUACGGAUUUAACCAACAACUUGGCAAAAACUUCAGCAUUGGCAUCAGACACGUCAAGUGAACUAGGUACUUUUAAACAGGAGCAGGCCACCACUAAUUUACAAAAUGAUAACAAAAUUACGGAUUUAACCAACAACUUGGCAAAAACUUCAGCAUUGGCAUCAGACACGUCAAGUGAACUAGGUACUUUUAAACAGCAGCAGGUCGCUACUAAUUCACAAGAUGAUAAGAAAAUUACGGAUUUGACCGCCAACUUGGCAAGUACGGCGAAAGAAUUGGAGCAAACUACAUCAAAUUUGGCCAACACCAACGCGAACGUUGCCCAGUUAGAAUCGAAAUUGAAAGAAACUUCAGCAUUGGCAUCAGACACGUCAAGUGAACUAGGUACUUUUAAACAGGAGCAGGCCGCUACUAAUUUACAAAAUGAUAACAAAAUUACGGAUUUAACCAACAACUUGGCAAAAACUUCAGCAUUGGCAUCAGACACGUCAAGUGAACUAGGUACUUUUAAACAGGAGCAGGCCACCACUAAUUUACAAAAUGAUAACAAAAUUACGGAUUUAACCAACAACUUGGCAAAAACUUCAGCAUUGGCAUCAGACACGUCAAGUGAACUAGGUACUUUUAAACAGGAGCAGGCCGCUACUAAUUUACAAAAUGUUAACAAAAUUACGGAUUUAACCAACAACUUGGCAAAAACUUCAGCAUUGGCAUCAGACACGUCAAGUGAACUAGGUACUUUUAAACAGCAGCAGGUCGCUACUAAUUCACAAGAUGAUAAGAAAAUUACGGAUUUGACCGCCAACUUGGCAAUUACGACGACAAAUUUGGCUAAAACUACAUCCGAUUUGACCAACACCAACACGAACGUUGCCCAGCUAGACUCGAAAUUAACAGGUUAUCCGAUUCAUGUGAAUGACGAUACUUCAAAAAUGGCAUACGCCACGUCAAGUGCACUGGAUACUUUUAAACAGGAGCAGGCCGGUGUGAAUAGAAACACUGAAACACGAAUAACAAAUUUGCUAACACCAACGACGAUAAACAAAAUCCCCGGUUCCUGUUCAGAUCUAAACGAUAUUGGUUACACAAAAAGUGGACUCUACUCCGUACUGGACAGCAAACAAAUCAAAACCGUUUACUGCGAUUUCACGAAAAAUCCUCCCAAUUACCAGAAGGCAAUUGGCUAUCAAGACAUCAAAUCAAAGCCAGUAUACUUCUACGUACAGAAAAUUCAAUCAUACUCGUCAAAGUCAGUUCCAAUUCCAUAUGAACGGAUCAUAAUCAACAGUGGAAAUGCAAUGGAUCCAGUAAGCGGAAAAUUCACAGCACCCGUUACAGGAACCUAUUUCUUUUCAUUUACUGGACUUGUGCUAUUUUCCGUGUCAAACGAAAAACUCGUAGAGUUUAACGUGAUGCUUUAUCAAAAUGGUCAAGCAGUUGCACGUAGUCAGGUGAACGAAGUGAACGGUAUUGCUAACCCCAAUUAUGUAAGCCCAUUAGUUCUUCAAACGGUUCUAACGUUGCAAGCCGGAGACAAAGUAUGGGUGCAGAGCGACAUAAUCAACAGAGGGAUUCUAUACGACAGCAGUGAAGCCCAAUGCACGCAUUUUAACGGCUUGCUUUUAGAAGAAGAGAUCGCCAUUUCCUUGUAG